AUGUUGUCCAGAAAAGGACUUAUUCCCGAGGAUUACUUGCUGACACGUUUGGCCGAGGAUGUCCAGCAGCCCAAGUUUAAGGCGAAACCGAGGAAGGCUCGGUUUGUCGCCAAGAGCGGGACCUGCAAUGUGGCCCACACCAAUAUCCGCGAACAAGGAAGGUUCCUGCAGGACGUCUUCACCACGCUGGUCGAUUUAAAAUGGCUUCACACGCUUAUCAUCUUCACCAUGUCCUUCCUAUGCAGCUGGCUUCUUUUUGGGAUGAUUUGGUGGCUCGUUGCCUUUGCGCACGGGGACCUGGAUCAGAGCGGGGACGACUUCGUACCGUGCGUAACGGACAUCCACUCUUUCUCCUCCGCCUUCCUUUUCUCCAUAGAGGUCCAGGUGACCAUCGGAUUCGGGGGUCGUAUGAUCACGGAGGAGUGCAUCUCGGCCAUUGUAAUUCUUAUCGUACAGAACAUAGUGGGACUAGUUAUCAACGCCAUCAUGCUUGGCUGCAUCUUCAUGAAAACUGCGCAGGCCAAUCGGCGCGCCGAGACAUUAAUUUUCAGCAAGCACGCAGUCAUCUCCCUCCGAAACAACAAGCUCUGCUUCAUGAUGCGCAUCGGCGACUUGAGAAAAAGCAUGAUCAUCAGCGCCACGGUGCGGAUGCAGGUGGUCAGGCGGACAGCCACUCAGGAGGGGGAGGUCACUCCUCUGGAUCAGAUAGACAUCCAACUGGACAACCCCGUGGGAACCAAUGGUAUAUUCCUGGUGUCCCCUCUAGUCAUAUGCCACGUCAUAAACAAAGAAAGCCCGAUGUACGAGAUGUCGGCUUUGGACCUGCAGCAUGAUGACAUCGAGGUGGUAGUGGUGCUGGAGGGAGUUGUGGAGACUACGGGAAUCACUACUCAGGCCCGCACCUCCUACGUUUCAGAAGAGAUCCUUUGGGGACAGCGCUUUGUGCCGACCGUCUCCGAGGAGGACGGCAUGUAUGCGGUGGACUACUCCAAAUUCGGUAACACGGUCAAAGUGCCGACGCCGUAUUGUAGUGCAAAGAAACUGGAGGAGGCAGGCGGUGUUGUUCACUUUAAAUUGAGCGAGGGCGCCACCCAGCGUACCUACGUGAGAAGGCGCAAUGCGUCUAUGCGCAUCAAGGCCCAAGUAUUGGCGGCUGGUACAUAACCCCGCCGCCACCACCACCAUGGAUGGAUUCCUGAACAGGGGCGCCGGGUACAUACAUACCCCCAAAUCAGAUCCUAAGCGGUGUCAGUAACAGUUUACCGUCACUGUUUUGUUUUUGACGCUAAACCACUCAUGAACCUGGCCUCUAAUUCAACUCGGUCGCAAAGGGACGUUUGGCUGUACCAUCUGCGUCGAUUUGGGGGGAGUGGGGGGUGUUAUAUA